CAAGGAUUUUAACCAGAACUUUGAUAUUUUGAAACUAAUUGGAGGGCUCAUCUCAGGAAAUUCUACCAAAAGGUUUCACCUUUCAUCCUGUUUUCGUCCUGUGUGCCACCAUGUGUCUUUGUCAAACCUGGUAAAUUCAGGGAAAUAACAUCGCCCUUUUUGCUCUCUGAUCCUGUUGUGAGUGAUCUUACUCCCCCCCACUUGUGAUGUCUACAAUUAACCUUUUGAUUAUACAUUUAAAAAGUGACUAUGCAAGUAUUACAAUGGAUUAAGCUGCCCAUUAUAAUAUUUACUCCAUUAUUCUAUAAAAUGUUGCUGUUGUGGUGACAUUGUAUGUUCUAUUCAGACAAAACAGUUUAUAAGGACAGCAUUUGGUGGCUACUGUGGUCAUAAAACAUGUAUAAUAUUGCAUACAUGAUGGGCGGCAUGGUGGUAAAGUGGUUAGCACUGUCUCCUUACUGCAAGAAGGGUCUAGCUUUCUGUGGAGUUUGCAUGUUCUUCCUGUGUCUUCCUGCCACAGUCCAGAGAAUUGCAGGUUAAUAGCCAGAGACUCUAAAUUGUAGAAGUGAACAUGAGCAUGAAUAUUUGUUUGUCUCUGUAUGUUGGGCCUGCGACGGACUGGCAGCCUGUCAAGGGUGUACCCUGUUCCCCACCCGAUGUCAGUAUCCCUAACAGCAGAAGCGGUAUAGGUCAUGGAUGGAUGGAUAUCAGUGCAUAUGUUCAUUCAGUAUGUUUAGUCUGUAUCUCUAUGUUACUCUUAAUUCUGACAGUGUAAGGAGGGGUGAGUUUGAGAACAAACUGCUCUGGGUUAAAACAGCUAAAAAAAAGAAAAGAAAUAUAUAUAUAUAUAUAUUAAACCAAUUUAAUUUGAGUAGAAUCCAACAAAUCUUAGAUGUGAACCAAAGAUGUGAGACCAAAGAAGGCCCUGAUGACAAACAUCAUUCAUCCUAAUGACACUUUGGAGAUAACGGAGGUGAGGAAAGAAAGGCUCAAAACAUUACACUGAAUGUGCAAACCAGCAAAAGUUAUUGUAAUGAUGUGCAUUGCAUCGCAAUAACAAAAGUUUGAGUAACAUUAUUGCUUCACACAAGCAAGGGACAUGAUGUCUUUAUGUUCUGAUCUUCAUUCCAACACUACACAGUUCCCACUUCAUUUUCUGGCUCCACGCAUUAACUAGCACCAGUGUUAGAUGAGAUAAUCCUUUAUUUGUUCAACAACGGGGACAUUUGGGAAGAAACCCCGAAAACAUAUCACCAUUCCACCAAUCUGCGGUAUCAUAAAAACAAUUUCUAAUGUAGUUGAUGAUUGACGACGGCAGCCAUCAGUCUUCCCCCUCUGGCGCCAGGCGAUUUCUUCUGACGACUUGACGUGAACCGACUGGAACCGAGCUGUUUUCUUCUUGUGUAACACUAUUAUUUAACUUAAUAUCACACUCUUGGAUAAUCAACUUUAUCAGAUAAUCCAUUUAGCAUUAUGGUUUACUCUGCCAACAGCCUGGCUACUUUCCAAAGCAGAAAACAAUAACCUCAGGAUAAAUGUCUGGUAGUAUUAAUAGGUAUGUAUAUGUUACUAUUUCUGCCUUAAGCUAACCAAACAAAUGAAAAAAACAACAAUAAAGAAACGCAAGCAAAAGUAUUAUAAGAAACAAUUCCCAGUGGAACAAGAAAUAUGAAUAGUCAGACAAAACCAUUCAAUGGAAGUAUCUCCAGUUUGAAAAUCAGGGAAUGCAGCGGAAUCCAGAGUCAGACGACAUAAACAAUGAAAUACUGGGGGGAAAAAAGGAGUAUAGUCUUAAAUGGAGACUAUAAAAUAUAGUUGGAUAAAAAUAUUAGUCUAAAAAAAUGUAUACCUUUAAAAUUCACCGACUUAAAAUGUGGAAUUAUUCCAAGCACAUUAUUCUUCAAACAGCAAAAUCAGCAUGUGUUGAAAUUCUUUAUUUACAGAAUAUAUUAGUCAUAGUAAAAAACGUGUGUCAGUGUUUUUCUAUUUCAUUUAUGUGAGAUUUAGUGUAACUGAUUAGUUCAUCACUCAUCUACGUCAUGAGACCUCUGACAUAUUCCCUUAAGACGCUCAGUCAAGACGAAACCUCACUGCCUCUUGGGGAAAAAAAACAUUUCUGAUUGUAAAAGUUUUUAACAGCUCACCACUUUCGCUGUCAUAGUUGCAUGACUAUGCAACGAAACUCUGCAGGGACAACACAGUUAAGUCACGUGUUUGUUCUUGAAUUUUUACAGGGACAGAGCACAUUAAUACACAUUGCUGUGAAUUUAAUAGAAAGUGUCGCCCUUAAAAAGUGUAUGAUAUUAAAUCAGUCAGCAAAACAGGUUUUAUAGUGGCAUAUAGUUCACACUGAAUAAGAUAAAGUAUUAAAACUAUUAAAGAGGUGAUCCCUCUUUAAUACACAACCAUACUAUAUAUAGAUAGAUAGAUAGAUAGAAAACCCAAUGCUAUUGUUAGGUUUCUUACAGAACAACUAUCUCACUUCUGCCUGAAUCAUAUUGGUGACCACAAGAUGCUGAAACACACACACACACAGAGAGGAAAAAAGAAAAAACUCCGGGUUUGUGAGAAACCGAAAGAAAGAUCACACAUAUAUAUACAGUUUAUGAACUUCACCAAAGCAUGUUUGUGUUGUGCUCAGACAGGUGUUCAUUGCUCCUUGAAGGUAAGCUCAGCUUGAAAGUUUUAUAACAUGUAACUGAUGUUUGAGUUCUAUUAUUAUAUAAUUUUGGACCCCAGUGUGUGUAAAUUUUGAAUAUUAUAUUAUAACAACUAACAAAAACAUGGAUGGCAAUUACACAGUAUAAGCAUAUAAAUAUAAUAAGUUGCAUGACACACUUAGUGUCUAAUCAAACUUAAUUUUAAAGGUUUGUCAAAUCGCUGCAGAGUUGCUGCGUGUUCGACGCGGACUAGUGUUCAUAAUAAGUUCAGCUCCAAUAACUUGUUGGGCACUUUAUUUGUGUAUGAGUGAGAGAGCUUUUGUAAUCAAUAACUGGAAGAGAUCAUUUAAUAACACUGUCAUGCCUUCUUUGAGUGUGGGACACGUUGACUCAUCAGGAAGAGUGCGUUGCACUAACAACGCCUGAUGCAACUGUGUCGAGAAUACAGGAAUAUUUUUUUCCUACAGAUUAAUCCUGACAGAACCAGGCAACCUGAAGGAAUAGAAAGAAACAGACUUUAGAGUUUUAAGGCACUUGUAGUCAGUGAUGUGGUAUGCUGGCAAAUUCUGCAAUCUGUCGUCGGGUGAUUAGGAUUUAGGGACUUGCACACUUAAGGGUGCAAGGCAACAAACAUAAAGGACACGGUGGUGACAAAUGCUUCCUUCCGCACUGAAACUAUUUAGAGGAAUCAAGGCCCAGCUGAUUCCACAAAUGUACAACCAGACUACUAACUGUAGUAUUACAGAAUUUCAUAAUAAAGGGUAUAUAUGGGGAUGCCAUGUGGUGAGGAAGUUUUUCUUUCAUUAGUGUUAAAAAUACUAAUGGAAUUCCUCUCAGAUGUUAUUGACUGUUAAGUUCCCGUUAAGAGAACUGACCUGGAGCGCUGUAGUUUGUGUUGGGGGUGACACUGCAGGCCGUUUACCAUAACAUGUAUCAUGUGUUUGUUUCAGAUGACUGUUUGUCGGCGGGCUCUCAUCCUUCUUCUUCUCUCAUCCUGUGUGGACUCUGCUCCGUCCCCAGUCCUCCAGAUGAAUAAGUAUAGCAACUCUUUUCGUCUCACGAGGUCCACCCGGACCCAUGUCCAGCAGCUGCUGAGGAAAUAUAAGGAGGAGCAGUUGGGAAAUAAGCAUUAUGAGGACAGAAGUCGACAGUUGAAGGACCUGCCAUUGCUUUCUACAGAUUUUUACAAAUGGCUAAAUAUGACGGACUGGGAACGGCUGCAUGCAGCUUUCUGGGAUAUGCAGGCCUACUGGAAUAUGCUGGAGUGGAAGAAUAACCAGCUGGAGAAGGACAGCCACACGGUGGUCCGCACCACUUUACCUCAGAGCAUCAAGCACAUUCAGCUGGACCUGAGGGACCUGAUGAACCGAGUCAGAAGUCAGAUGAGUUACGUGAAGGGCUCACAGAUGAGGCCAACAUCCCCCAUGGUACAAACACCCUCAAAACCAGAGAACAGCUCCAACACCGCGUGGGACCGCCGAGUGGAGGGUUACAUCAUACUUAGGGAUCUAGAACUUUACCUCACCAAGCUGGCAAGAGACUUCCUCCUGCUGGCUUCCAAAACACACUUAUGACUCAAUGCUGAAAAGGAGCACCGUCACCCUGAAGACACACGUGCACACAAACAGACAGAAAGAGCAGAACUGAACUGAUAAUCAGCAUCUGACAGAAAAGUGCAGCAAUAGUUAGAACUUUAAUCAUCAAGCUUUAGUGUUGUGGUCAACACUUUACAUGGAGCUCCCUUUUUAGCAAGUCUGCUUUUUUAAAAAAAACAAACAUGUAUACUAAUAUUUAAGGGCUUU